AUGGGUAGAAAUUUGGUAGUACAAAUGUUCUUGGUUAUCUCCAUUUCCCUUCUUAUUUUUAGAUCUUCCUCGUCUGCUGCAGCUACUACUAACAAGAUCUGUGGAGUCGGCUUGGACGAAUUUCUGCAGUGCCUUCCGGCGGUAGAAGGCAGUCCACCUCCGGCUCCAACGAAGGGUUGUUGCGGGGUAAUUCGAAAGGCUAAUCUUCCAUGUCUAUGUAAAUACAAGUCUAAGAUUCGCGACAUGGGUAUUGACCCUGUCGCGGUCUUGGCCUUGCCCAAAAAAUGCCGCAUCAAACUUCCACAUAAAUGCUAA